GUGCGUAAAUGAGCGCAUGCGCAGACGCUGUGAGCGCUCAACGAAAGCUGGCUAGUUUGCUAGUGUUAUCUUGUUCGUUUGAGUUGUUAGACCGUGCGUGUAGGGAGCUUGUCCUUUGCUUCUUCAUUUCUAACACAGCGCGAACUGCAAAAUGAGCAAAUCGAGUUUUAAAUCGGUUGGCGGUGGAAGUACAGAUGGACUCGAUAAGGUUGACAUGUCUUUAGAUGAUAUUAUCCGGCUGAAUAAGAAGCAGAAUCAAUUCCAGGCCCAGAAGUCAAAGCACAGACUUCCGGUGAAAGGUCGCUUCCCCCAAGGGAAGAAAACUGGGCCAAGAGCUGGAAUGCCACCUAAAAGAGGAGGUGUUGUGAGCAAAAGCUUCACUCGAAACUGCAAGCUUCCUCCCACGGUGGCCAGGCGUCGUGGGCAGGGGGUCAUCACUGGUUUAGCUGCAAGAAAAAAUGCCGCCCUGCUUAAAGGGAUCAGUCCACUCAACCGACCGGCCCAGAACCGACCGAUGCCCAACAGUGCAGCUGUGAACCAGAGAUCUCAGCCAUUUAUCCAGCGACGACAGAUGCAGAUCCAGAGGAGACCAAACAGACAGAUGGACUCUCAGAAACCUCAGGGCUCAGUUUCUUACAGACCCUUUCGGCUUCGCAGAAAAUGGAAUGCUCCGACUGCUCAGCAAACACAAUGUAUGCAGAAAAUUGGAUAG